GUCACGUGACGGCCGCGCGCGUUCCCGGCCGCUGCGGGCUCCGAGGCCGAGGAGAAAAGACUGCGAGACGGCUCCGGCUGUGGCUAGAGAGCACAGAAUGAACCAGCAGUGGAAGAGAAAAUACUGCAAACUGUUUGACUUCUGGUGAAGAUGGUCUUUUAUUUUUGUGACAGACAGCUGUGGGAUCUGUAAUAGAAAUGAUGGCUGGCUGUGGUGAGAUUGAUCACUCAAUAAACAUGCUCCCUACGAACAGGAAAGCAAAUGAGUCCUGUUCUAAUACUGCACCUUCUCUAACUGUCCCUGAAUGUGCCAUUUGUCUGCAAACAUGUGUUCAUCCAGUCAGUCUGCCUUGUAAGCAUGUUUUCUGCUAUCUGUGCGUAAAGGGAGCUUCAUGGCUUGGAAAGCGGUGUGCCCUCUGUCGACAAGAAAUUCCUGAAGAUUUCCUUGACAAGCCAACCUUACUAUCACCAGAAGAACUCAAGGCAGCGAGUAGAGGAAAUGGUGAAUAUGCAUGGUAUUAUGAAGGAAGAAAUGGGUGGUGGCAGUAUGAUGAGCGCACUAGUAGAGAGUUGGAAGAUGCUUUUUCCAAAGGUAAAAAGAGCACUGAAAUGUUAAUUGCUGGGUUUCUGUAUGUUGCUGAUCUUGAAAAUAUGGUUCAAUACAGGAGAAAUGAACAUGGACGUCGCAGGAAGAUUAAGCGGGAUAUAAUAGAUAUACCAAAGAAGGGAGUAGCCGGACUUAGGCUGGACUGUGACGCUAAUACUGUAAACCUAGCGAGAGAGAGCUCUGCAGAUGGAGCGGACAGUGGAUCAGCACAGAGUGGAGCUUCUGUUCAGCCUCCAGUGUCUUCUGUAAGGCCUCUGACAUCAGUAGACGGUCAGUUAACAAGCCCUGCAACACCAUCCCCUGAUGCAGGUGCUUCUCUGGAAGACUCUCUUGCUCGUUUACAACUCAGUGGAGACAGCAUAGCCGAAAGGAGUCAUAGGGGGGAGGGAGAAGAAGAUGUUGAAUCACCACCGUCAGGCAGAGUACCAGCACCAGACACCUCCAUUGAAGAAACCGAAUCAGAUGCCAGUAGUGAUAGUGAGGAUGUAUCUGCGCUUGUUGCACAA